GCCGCCAUGGACAUCGCCAUCCACCACCCUUGGAUCCGCCGCCCCUUCUUCCCCUUCCAUUCUCCCAGCCGCCUCUUUGACCAGUUCUUCGGGGAGCACCUGUUGGAGUCUGACCUCUUCCCAACUUCUACUUCCCUGAGCCCCUUCUACCUGCGGCCACCCUCAUUCCUGCGGGCACCCAGCUGGAUUGACACCGGGCUCUCGGAGAUGCGUCUGGAGAAGGACAGAUUCUCUGUCAACCUGGAUGUGAAGCACUUCUCCCCAGAGGAACUCAAGGUCAAGGUGUUGGGAGAUGUGAUUGAGGUGCACGGCAAACAUGAAGAGCGCCAGGAUGAACAUGGUUUCAUCUCCCGGGAGUUCCACAGGAAAUACCGGAUCCCAGCCGAUGUGGACCCUCUUGCCAUUACUUCAUCCCUGUCAUCUGAUGGGGUCCUCACUGUGAAUGGACCAAGGAAGCAGGCCUCUGGCCCUGAGCGCACCAUUCCCAUCACCCGUGAAGAGAAGCCUGCUGUCACUGCAGCCCCCAAGAAGUAG